AUGGAAGAGCAUCAAGAAAGGAGGAGGAACGUUGGAGAGAAAGAAGGCGGCCAACCAAGCAGGAACAGUGGCCAAACUGGCCUCGAGCCUGAGGAGCAUAUGAUUGACAGUGUUGAAAUCAGUCCUAGGGUGAAAAAUUGGAUUAAGUCUCUCAAAAACGCAGAAGAAAGCACUCAAUCUCAAAGUUCAUGGCCAAGGAUACCAAAGGUUCCUCAGUUGCUGAGGGGGACCCAUGAUUUCGAGAGAUUGUACGAACCGAGGGUAAUUUCAAUCGGUCCUUACCACCAUGGCAAACCCCACCUUCAACCAGUGGAGACGAUCAAGCUUCAAUAUGCCCAAAAAUUCCUGGCUGAUAGUGACCAGGACAUCGAAGCUUUGUACACAAAAAUUGGAAGUAAUAUCGAGGCGUUGAGGAAGUGCUAUGAUAAGAUACCGACGGAUGAUGAGAAACUCGCCUGGAUGAUGCUUCUGGAUGGGUGUUUUUUACUACAAUUCAUCCGCAGCAGAAAGGACGGCAGCACAGUCGAUUUGAGUAACGUUCUUAGAAUUCACCAAAUAAAUUUUGUGGAGCGGGACUUGUUCUUGCUGGAGAACCAACUGCCCUUUGGAGUCCUCCAGUUGAUUUUUGAGGGAGCAAAAUUCAAUGAUGGUUCAACAAUGGAACAGAUGAUAAAAAAUUUCGUCACUCGCAUCGCAAGUCUACAACCGUCAUCAGAAAAACCGCUGGAUGAGCGCUCUCAUCUCCUCGACCUUUUGCGAAGUGCUAUCCUAGGCAAGAGUGCGCCCAAACAAGAGCGGCAACCUGAUAAAAAAGGAAAGUCGUCGUCGUCUUCAGGAGGAGAUGGGCGGUUCUGUUGCCCAUGGAAAAAAGGCAAACAACGAGGCAUUCGGCAGCCUUUUCGAAACAUCAAGGAGCUUAAAGCUUCCGGGAUCCAUCUCCGACAGAGUAGAACGAGUUUCUUGACAGACAUUUCUUUCAAUUCCUACUUCUUCCGUGGCUACCUGAAUCUUCCCCCAAUAAUCGUUGAUGACUCCACGAAGUCCAGGUUCUUGAACAUUGUAGCCUAUGAAAUGUGUCCAGAUGCCCCUGAUGACUAUACGGUCACUUCUUAUUUAUGCUUCCUUCACGGGCUCAUUCAUCAUGCGGACGAUGUCAAGGAGCUGAGAUCUAGGCACAUUCUCAUCAACCAUCUUGGCAGCGAUGAAGAUGUGGCCCGACUUUUCAACGAGAUCGCCAACGACGUGGUAGAUACCGGAGUUUAUGGAGAUGUGAAAGCUCGUAUUCAGAAAGACUACGACAAGAGGGUGAAUACUUGCAUAGCAGCCAUUAACGGAUUGGCACUGCUUUUACGGCUGUACAAUUGA